CCCCUCUGCCGCAUGCGCACUGCGCACUACGGCCCGAAAGGCGUUGGUGGUUGGCGUCCGUACGGGAAGAUGCGUUGCACUCCGGCAGCAUCAGUACCAGCUGCGCCGUGCUAAUACACCGAAAAACCGGGGGACGGAGCGGAGAUAGCGGCGGGGUUUGCGGCUCGAGCGGCGCCGGUGCAUCGGAGGGGCGAGAUGGGGGACCAGAAGGAAUCUCUGCGGAAGAUCACCCACACACUGGCCAUGAAGAACGAGGAGAUUUCGAACUUCGCCUGCACUCUCAAGCAGAGCCUCGACAACCUGGAGGCCAACUCCAACAAAGUCCAGGAGGACCUCGAGUCCGAGUUCACCUCCCUGCACUCUGUUCUGGACGAGAUGAAGGAGAACAUGUUGACACGCAUCAAACAGGAGAGAGCCGGACGCACGUAUGAGUUACAGAGUCAGCUGAGCGCUUGCUCCAAAGCCCUGGAGAGUUCAGAGGAGCUGCUGGAGCUGGCCAAUCAGACGCUGUGCUCCUCUGAGACGGACGGUUUCACUCAGGCGGCCAAAGACAUUAAGGAUAGUGUAACAAUGGCUCCAGCCUUUCGCCUCUCCCUGAAGGCGAAAGCCAGCGACAACAUGAGUCACUUGAUGGUGGAUUUCAGCCAGGAGAGGGAGAUGUUGCAGGGGCUCAAAUUUCUCCCAGUUCCCGCCACUCCAGAGAUCCAGGUCUCCGAGUGCCAGGUGUGCGACAACACCGUCACUGUAGUUUGGACCCUGCCGGAGCCCGACAGCAAGAUAGACCACUACAUACUGGAACAUCGACGCACGAACCACGAGGGUCCGCCGCGCAUCAGGGAGGACUACCCCUGGAUGGUAGUGGAGGGGAUACGAGAGAUGGAGCACACGAUCACAGGUCAGCGCUUUGACACCCGGUACUUAACGUUCAGAGUAAGAGCGUGUAACAAGGCGGUGGCGGGAGACUUCUCUGAGCCGGUCACGCUUGAAACCCACGCCUUCAACUUCAAACUGGACUCCUCUUCGUCCCACCAGAACUUGAAGGUGGAGGACUUGAGUGUGGAGUGGGACAGCAGUGGAGGAAAAAUACAAGACAUCCGCAAGGAAAAGAACCGAACCAACUCCCCGAUGCACUCUCCAGCCAGGUCGGCCCUGAUGUCACCGAAGAGAGCGCCGACAGCUCGGCCCGGCAGAGACCGAUUUACAGCAGAGUCCUACACGGUUCUGGCUGACACCAUGAUCGACGCCGGUCAGCAGUACUGGGAGGUGCGCUUUGACAAAGAGAGCAAAGCCUUCGCCGUGGGUGUCGCCCUGCGGAGCCUCGGCCGAUUCGACCAGUUGGGGAAAAGCGGCGCUUCCUGGUGCAUCCACCUGAACAACUGGCUGCAGCAGAGCCUCACAGCUAAGCACAACAACAAGGCUCGGACGCUGGACUGUCCCAUCCCAAAUAGUAUAGGAGUCUACGUCAAUUACGACGAAGGUGUGUUGUCGUUCUACAAUGCCAAAACUAAACAGCUGAUGCACACCUUCAAAACCAAGUUCCAGCAGCCAGUUAUACCAGCUUUCAUGGUGUGGAACGGCAGUUUUUCAGUAGUGACCGGCCUGCAGGUUCCCAGCAUGGUGCAAAGCGGCCAGAGGAAGAACAGCGGCACCAGCAGCUCCAACGCUAGCCUCACCUAAACCCCAUCCACUCAAGACAGCUCGGACGCCUCCUCCCCGGCUCUGCUCGAACCACAGUCACCGCUGCAGAAACAUCACCUCUGCCCCGGCUGCGGUCCAAGCCAUAUCAUGAGAAGAGUUACAUCACUGGAAGAUGGAUGGUGUUAGCCAAGUUUCCACAUGCAGUGUCUGUGUUGCAUGAAGAUGAAAAUAUUUUUUUUGGGGAAACAAGUUGGGUCAUCAGUGACAGAAUUCUUCAGAUGUAUGACUCUGGCUGUUGUGAUUGCUUGGGACAUGUUAGCUGUAGUCUUACUAGUUUUCCUCGACACAUUCAUUUAGCUCUGUCCCACUGCUGCUAGAGCAAUGAUUUAGCGCUGGCCGCUGCCCUUUCUUUCCUCUCCAUCACCAAAACUAUCAGUCGUACUGUCAGUGCCGCCAGCUGCAGGCGCAGGGUCAAGGCCUGUCCUGUCCUGUCUGCUCUCUCCCUGUGCCUUCCUCCUCAUUUCCAAAACCGAAAGGGCCAAAUCGGGUGAACAUGCUAAGAUGUCACCACAAGAAACGGCCUCCCUCUUUCAAGUUAAAACAGUGUAUUGUGUCAGUGUCAAUAUAACCUGGUCGUAACAUAGCUUAGUGGUAAUUAUCAGCCUCUACCCGUCAACCAACCCGUGUAACAACCUGCUCCUAGACAAUGCUCCUUUUAAUCAGGAUUUAUUAAAUAGAUCAGAAGAAAUGAGCAACACGUAUUAGGGAUGUUGUAUUUAUUUCUUACAAAGGCAUGCAGACUUCACAGUGUUUACUGCAUUUCACUCUUCAUAGUCGGGUCGCACAGUUUGCGUGAAAGAAACCAGGUCCUUUUUUAGAAAGCUGCUGAGGUUCUGUUAGUUUUAAAUUAGGAGUCAGUGUUAGCCAGACUCUGCACAGAAAGCGACUCCACGUAGAGGAGUCAUCACAUAUGAUAUCAGGAUUAUUUGGAAAUGACUGUACUGUAUACGUUUUGCCCACUUGACUGCACCCUAAUGCUCGUGUGUACAGUAUGUAUGUGUCUGAUCCUAACACCACCACUUUAUUCGCUCAACAAGAAGCCUGUAGUCCAAAUAUAACGAAUAGAAAGUAGCCUCGGCUAACAAACUGUAUUAUGAAAGUAACUCUGAAAGGCGAAGUUAUAAAGUCCUUAUUUGUGCACCGCCCCGACCUCCGAGUAGCACCCGUGUCGUACGUUACACACAUGGUAACAGUCUCGCCUUGCCAUGUUUGCUCCUGCUAUAUGCAUCUCUUUAAUAACUGUAGCCUGCAAUGCUUUAAGAGAAGCUGAGAAUUAUGUUCACUUUAUUUCAACAUGCUGACAUAAUGUCACAGUUUUAUUGUAAAUAGUUUAAUUUUUCCACUAUACUGUAUCAGUCAUUGAGGUAAUAAAGGAGUGAGAGCAACUUCUUUUGUUCUUGGAUUUCUGCUUCAACGAGGAAUAAAAACACAGCGGGGAUAAAAAAAAAAA